UUAAGUUCUUCCUCUUCUUUUUAUUCCAAUCCGAGAAUUCGAGAUUCCGAGUUAGAAAAAAUUGAAUAUAAAACCAAUAAUCUGGCGAGGAUAUUUUUCAUUUAAGAAAGUUGCAUCCUUGUGUUCGCUCGUUUCGUGCGUCGCAAGUAAUUUGCAGUGUGUUGUGUGUGUUUGAAUAAAAAUAAAAUACAAACAUACAGAAAUAAUAAAUUUAAUUAAAUCAAAAGAAAAGAAGAAAAAUCGUAUAUCCUUUUUACGGACUUAGAUCCUUUUAUGAUGGUGCGGUUAUUAUACCAAAAAGAGUGAAUGAGUUGAGUUAUUUUCUUUGAUCAACUUAAUAAAAAAGAAUUUAUUUUGUUCUUGUACCCGUAACUUCGUCGUAGUCAGUCGUCUUUUUGUUUGAAGGAAAGUUUAUCCUGUGCUGCUGCAACAAAAGUGAGGAAAAGGAAACGAAAUUCUUUAAGUAUUCGAAAGUCCUUUCUACCGGUUUUCUUAUUUUUUUCCCUUUCAUUUUUGUUUGUAUGUUUUUAUUUUCCUAGAGUGUUUUUUUGUUUUUCUUCAAAAUUAUCCUUGGCCUCGCUCGUUCGUCCCUGUUUGCAGAAUUAAUAUUUGUUGUUUAUUUAGAGCUUCCAUCGGUUUCAGAAUUUAAGAUACGAAAAUACGAGUAGAAAAAAAUAUAAUAUAUAAAAUAAAAUCAGAUAAAAUCUAACGCAAGGUGAAAGUGUGUGAAAUGGACAAUGUGUGACACCAGGACAUGGGUGUUUAAGCUUCUUAUAGUCUUUAUAACAAUACACUUUUCAAGGAUUCAACAAUGCCAUGGUGUCAAUGCUGCUAUUGCUGCAGUUGCAGGAGUUCGAGCUGGUGGGUCCUCUACUGGCAUGGAUGUCAUAGCCAGGGGACCUGCUAUUGAUACUGCAGAUGUUUCUAUCGAUGAUGACGACGAUGAUGAUGAUGCCUUUGAAAGGACUUCUUCUCCAGAGGAUACGCUAUCGGAAUCUCAAAGGACCAAUUUCAACUCGACUUUCAACAGCAACAGCAACUUCAGACAGAACCGGAACAAGGACGAAGACGACGACGGCAACGGCACCGGCGACGACGAUGAUGAUGACGAAACUCUUGCCGCUCAGUCUUCGUUAUCGUCGGAUAGAUCUUCUGCUGCCAAUAGAUUGCCAUCGGAUGAGGAGGCAACUGAUGUCGAUAGGAAUAGGGAUGAUGGCAAUAGCAACGUCGACGAUGCUGACGUUGAUGAUGAAGAUGAUGGAUCCAAUGAAGGAUUCAUUGCAAACCAGCGGAAAUUCAAUAAUCAAGGAACAUCAUCAGCAGGAGCAGCAGCAGGACAAGCACGAGUACCAGCAGUGCCGCCACAGCAAAAGCAGUCAUCAGAGGAAUCAUCAAAAAGAUCAUCGAUUCUAAACAUCCUGCAAGGAGUGGAUUACAUAGGAGCCCCAAGUACUCCUCAGCCAACUUCAAUAGCGCCGCAUCCUCAAUCAUGGGAUGGAAAUACGAACACCGCUGCUGUUGUCGCUAUCGCCACCGCCACCAAUGCUGAUGAUGAUGUUGCUGCUGGUGGUGGUGGUACUAUUGAUGAUGAUGAUGACGAUGAAGAUGUAGACGAGAUUCUUCAGCCGAUGGUAAUGGCAUCGGAUAAGCAUCAUUACCAUUCGAAUAAUGGCGGACGUGUGAUGAACCCAGGAGUUGGUUAUCCAAUCGAAUAUAAUCCGAAUCGUAAUGAGGAGUCAAGUGGGUCAAACAAUCUGAAGGAAACUCCGGUAACGAACCGUAUCAAGUCGGGAGGCUAUGUAUCUGCUUUUGAACAGCAUAAGGCACUCAUCCGAAAUAGCAGACGCUACGGCCACAAGACUCACAAAAAGAAGUACAAGGAUUACUUGCGCUAUAAUCCGCCCACAACACCAUCAACAAAAUCCCUACCAACAACCACCAUAAGUUCUCUAAGAAAGGGCAUAUUGGCACGUGAUAGGAUUUUCAGCUCGGACGACAUUCCAAGACAAUACUACGAAGGACAUGUGAAUUACUUUGCAAACACUGACGAGGACAAUAAUAAUUACGGAGACAGCGAUAGAAAAGAUCAGAAUUCCAGAGGUUACCACUCUAUUGCAGGACCACGUCAACAUCACAAUUCCCAUCAUUUGCGCAGUGGUGGGCGUUACCGGCAUAUUGGAGUGAGUCCUAUCAAAGCGAAUCGGCCACAUUCGUCAGUCAACACCGAUUACAAUGGAAUGAAUUAUCACCAUCUUGGAUCACGUGCUAUGCUAAAGCAUCAGAAGGAACUCGAGAAGAAGAUCGAAGAGUACUCACAGUAUUACGCCAAGUGGCCACAUCUAGCUCAAGUCGAAGAUCAGCUUUUCGAGGAUGAACACACUGAUUUGUUGUAUCCCGAUGAGGGUGGUUCAAGUCCCGGGGAGUUGGUGCUCUCAGCUGACGAUGAAGAUGAUGAAAAGAAAUCAGCUAGAAAACAAGAAGAGGAAGAAGCAAACCUCCCACCAUACAUCAAAAAAUAUCGUCGGCGCAACAAACAGCUGAAGGAUCUUCUCGAAGGCACUAAACCUCCAUCAACCAUCGCACCACAAUGGUCCAGCUCAGUUCUAAAGCCAGGUCCAAUCGAUGGAAGCUACCAGAACCACCACCAUCAACAUCGGAAUCAUCACAACCAUCGACAACAUCGAAACCAUCAGCGUCAACAUCGGCACAAGAACUCCAAAUGGCAGAUUGAAGAUCUGUUCGAAGAGCAACGCGCCAACCCGAACAAUCCAAACAAAACAACAGUCUACAGCGAAGUAGCCAAGCCGACUCCAUCGGUCGUCGUGGACAGCAGAAGCACCACCACCACCACCCCAACGACGACAACCACAUCCACCACCACUCUCUCACCGUUCGAUGAACUGCUCAAGCACGAAAACGAACAUCUCAAGCUUCUGCAGGAGAACAAACUCCCAGCUGAAGAUGUCAGUAUUUCACGAGAACUCUACGACUGGGCGAUAGACACCAGCAAUGAUCAACCACUCGGUCGUCAGGAAUUCAAUCAAGACAUCGUCAACGACGACAACGAUGACGACCUCGAUGACGACUACAUCGAUCUCAAUCAAAAUCGUCAACACAAAUGGAAGACCUCCAAUCGUAAUGCAAGUCCUGUAAAAUCUCCAACAACCACAACAAGACGUCCUGCGCCUUCUGUACGAAGACCAAGCGUCUAUGGUUCCAUAAUCAGAUCACCGCCCACAAGCACGCCACGACCCAUAAAUUCGUUUGUCUAUCACAGAGUGGUCGAAUCACCGAGAGCUGUGGGAGCCGGACAAACCGGACGGAAACAACGAUUACCCUUUGUUGCGAUAACCGAUAGGCGCUUAGAAACCUCACGAAAGGGCAUGGGUAAUGCUGGAGUACUCGCCCACAAAGACUUUGAACAGAAUCACUUUCCGAUGCCUUAAAAGAUAAACAAAUAAUAAUAAUAAAAAAAAAACAAACAAAACAAAAAAUUAAAGUAAAUUAUAAAUAAAUUAAAAACAUAAACAAAAAAUAAUUAAAUUUAAAUUAAUUUAAUUACAAAACUUUUGCAAUUUAUGAAUAAUUUUAUUUUUAUAAUUUUUAAAUUUAAAAAUAAAUUAAUUUUAGUAUAGUUUUAAAAAGUUCGGUGUGUGAAAUGUUUAACAGAAUGUAAAAUUUAUUUUGUUGUUUAAAUUUAAUUUAAAAUGUUUCCUAAUUUUUAAUUAUCAAUUUCCUCAUUUUCUUUUUUGUACCGAAACAUGGUUUCCAAGAAAGUUUACUGACUAUAAACUCUGGUUUAAGCGUUUGUUUUUAAAAAUAUGUCUACUUGAAAACAUUUAAAUCAUCAGGCGGCCAAUACAGCUAUUAAAAUAGUGUUUUUGGUGUCAGAUAUUUAAAAAUAAAAAUACGACUUGAAAAAGGAAGCAAUAGAUUUUAACUUGCUUUGCUCCCUUGAUAACCUUGAUCGCAGGCUUUGGAAUAUGUUUCAUCAAGUAAAUUUUUAAUUAAAAACCAAGACAUAAGCGCGAAUCCUCAACAAGGUUAAGAACCGAAAAAAAAAGUAUUAAUGAGGAAUCUGCGGACGGUUCAAUAACUGUUAAUAAGCUAGUCAAUGGAAAUAUUGACACAUUUUUAUUAAUGGUACCAGGACGGCAGCCUCCUUUUCUAGCUUUGUUUGAAAUGUGAAAUUUAAAAAUGAACAACAGAGAUAACAAUGGACUCAGCUCAACUUUCAUGAGAAUAACCAAGAAGAACAGACAAGAAGCUAGAACAGCAUAAGCAACUUAUUAGAGGUAACUCUAUUUCAUCUGCUUUUUUAUUAAGAGGUUUCAUUUUAAAUAGUCUGCUAUUUGGGUAGCUGUGAACUUGGAAGCUGUCAUCUGUACAUAUUUAAAAGGUAAAACUCUGCCAUAACUAGGCAUGAUACGAUUCGCGCUUCGAUAUUUGUUCAUGGUAGACUGGGGCGUAUACUUGCUUUUUUCCAGUAAGUGGUUUCAUUUUGAAAAUACAGUUAUUUGGGCAGCUGUCAUUUUUAAGUUGUCUUCUUUUCACAUUUUAUAGGCCAGAAUCAGGCCAUUACCAAUAAUUUAACCAUACAAGCUCUUAAAAAGAAGUAAAAUUGUAAAAAUCCACGGCGAAAAAAUUGAAAUUUUCACAGUCACUGUUCGUAAAGCAAACAAUAUUUUGAUUCGCCGUAAAGCACUUUUUCGUUAGAAAAUAGUGAAACAGGGUAAGAAUUUUGAUAUCAAGGUACAAGUUAGUGAUGUUAAGAAUCGCAACCUUGUACGUUAUUCAAAAGCAACUGACAAUUUAAAUGGUGUCGAAGACAGUGAAGACGAAAAUUGUGGGUUAGUCGUUUUCUCGCCGACCCUCUUGAAAAAGACGUAACACAGUAUUUUACAAUAAUACAUAGGUUUUAAAACUUUUAAAGUUUAAUAAACAAAAUAAAACUCAAGCCAUUCGAUCACCACCUACUUGGCCUUAGAAAUGCUUCUACGAGUUUUGUCCCCGUGUUAUUUCUCGAAGAAGUUAUUACAAUUGGAUAUUAUCUUUUGAUUUUUCUUUGGGGUCAACGCAAAAGAUAAAUUUUGUGCCAUUGCUCCACACAUCUAUUCAAGACCUUAAAGAUGGAACUUAUAAAGACAUACAGCCUCAAAUUUUCGAAGUCGUCAUAUAAGAUUUCAUGCAAGGGUAUUAUAGUUACAACGGUAACCACCAAGGCUAUUCUAUGAAUAUCAAACAUUUAUUCUGAAUUCAGAUGUCCGUUAAAGUCUUCUAUUAAUUUGUUAUAUACUUUGUCUAGCUAUGGUCACAGAUAUUUCGCUUGAAUCUGCCCUAUGGGAUAUAAUUAUGCAUCUAGAGAUCAAAACGAGAUCACUAAUAUGUCUUAAGGUUAAGAAAAUCAGAAGAAAAUUAAGGUUCCAAGUUUGGUGUACAAUUUUUUAACUAACAAAAAUCACUGAAAUAAGAAAAGUACGUAUCCGCCCAGUGUACUGUUUAUUAUCUAAAAAAAUUGAUGGCUGUUCAAUAUGAUAUAACUAAAAUAAACAACAUAUUUUAGCUUUCUAAGCCUUAAAACCAAAACAAUACGUUAUACGGCUCCAUUAAGUCAGAUCUAAACUAUAAAAGUCUAAUCCUCUUAAGGAAUCGCAAAAAAUAAAAGUCUUUUCUAUUUUCGCUUAAAUUCAUAAACAAGUUACUUAAAUGAAUUUUCUUAUAUCCGCAUCCAUUUCAUUCAAAAGGAAAUAUAAAACAUAUAAAUGUACACAAAAGUGAAUGGCCUUACACAUAUUUUGAAGUACUUUUACUUUUACAACAACUUUAAAAACCUCUUUCAAGGAUAUACCCAGACAACUUCAUAUGUACAAUGUCCUUUACAUAACUGUUAAAUAAAUUGAAGACUUUAACCUUAUUUAGACGACUUUUUGAGAAAAAUAAAGGAAAAUAAAAAUACAUAUGUUACGGGUUUACAAAAUAUAAAUAUAUAUGUACAAUUGUAGGAAUAUUUUUAUUUAUUUAGGAACUUCCUAGUUUUAUUAACAAAACUUCAAAAAACCAGUUCAUUUCCUUUUUUUGUUUAUCCAAAAUGUUUACAUAAAUAUCCAAUAAAAAAACUUGAAUAGAUCCUCUUUCAAAAACUACUUCAAAGGAUACUCAAGGAUUAAUAAAAAUAAAACAAAAAAUAAAACAAAUCCUAUGUCGCAUUUUUGUCUAUAGUUGUUCACCCGAAAUAAUAUAUUUCAUCUUAAAUCCCAAGAGUUCGUUUAAGACAAAACAAAAUAUACAUAUACGAGUAUAUGAACAAGACCAAAAAAAGGACGAAAACGAAAAUGUUGGCCUUAACAUAAUUUUUUUUUUGUCUUGUUGGUUAUAUGAAAUUCAAUCCCAAAAACAAUGGUUCUCUAUAUUUUGAGAAGGACAUUCGAAGGUUUCUAUAUACUUAUGGUAUGUAGAACACGCACAUAUACAAAGUGUGUGUUUUGUUUGCUUUAAGCAAGGCAACAUAGUUAUAUGUGUAUAGUAAAAUCUCAUAAAACACACGACAUUGAUUACUCUCCAUGCCAUACCAUACCUCUGUAUAUGAUAAGGACCUUUUAUUUCUAUAUAUUUUUUUCUCUAUACUCAUACACCUCAAUCUAAAGUUGUCCUUUUUUCCAUUCAACUUCAACUAUACCUUUACCUACACGUAUACCGCACUUUUCUUCAUCCAUCAGUAGAUCCUUACAUACGUCUACUCUCGAUACUCUUUCCAUAUAGGUAGGUAAGGUAACUUUUUCAGGAUAGAUGAUGGAAAAAGUAAUAUUGUGUUAUGAAUAGACACGCUGCUAGCUGGCUGAAAAGAAAGCUCUCAAGCCCCAAGCUGGAUCUGGGUGGUAAUAGAAAAAGGAUUACAUUUUGAUUGGAACUUCCAAGUGUACUCUUUCCUCGUUGUCCUCAUCGUCAUCGGGAUCAAUAUUAUGUGGAUAUGGUACGAGGAUAUGCAUUUAUUUUCUAUGCCUAUUAUCCUUCUUUCUGAAUUCAAAAUAAUACAAAAAGUAAACAUAAGGUGUAUGCAUUAAAAGUUCAUAUAUAAAAAUGUUAGGAUGAGGAUCAUUUCAUACCAUCUAUUGGUAGUAUAGGGUUUCAUCAUAUCGUCGUUGUCGUCGUCGUAAGUGAUUACUUUCCGUUUGUAUUUUCAUCUUUAAUCAAUCGAUUUCGAUUGCACUAACGUAUCCGUAUAAAUGAUGAUGGAGUGAUGGAAAUCUAUAAAAGAAAGCCCUAGUGUACAUCAUACAAAAUAGAAAGGCUUUUGGCUUUUGUAUAGUUGUCAAUGUUGAUGCUGUUCCUCUCAGAGGUAUUAAGCGUUGUUAAAUGAAAAAAAGUUCUAUCAAAAGACCUUUUUGGCUUGAAAGAAUUUAAAAAAGAAGCAAUUUCCCAAAGCGUUAUCUGCAGAUGUAUAAACAAAAGGUGGAUCUAUGUAUUGUUGACAAUUUAUUCAAGUUAGAAAUCUUCUACGCUUUCAGGUUUCACAAAAAUUUAAGUCCCUUGAUCAUUUUUUGGGAACUUCGGUUUUAGCCUUGUAACCUACAGAAGAGUGCUUUUAACUUUUGAAAAUAAUACUUCUACAUAAUUUUUUUGUUGAGUGCGCACUAAAGAGGUUUUGGUGCCCUUUUUAUACAAUAGACUAGUUAUGAGUAUUAGAAAUGGAAGAGAGUGUUUCGGUGAUAUUGAUUUUGAAUUUCUGAACAACGCAAUGACAGAGAAAGACAUUCGGUUAGUACAGCUAAAGAACAGAUCUCUGCACUUGUCAAUACGACUCAAGUUUUACUGGCGAUGUUUCUUUGAAACGGGAGUUUUGAAAUAUCAUAAUAGUAUUAAUAAACUAUUUUUAAUAGUUUUGUAACCUUCUCUUGACGUAGUGUUCAUCUCUCCUCUAAUUAAUUGAAUCUCAAGAGUAGAGCACGACUGGUCCUUCUAAAAAUCUAAAAUUCCAAAUUUAAUGCAAAUAUUUAAAUUUGCCUCCAUUUUUAAAAAUGCAUCAAAUGAGGCAAACUGUAUCAGUCAUUGAAAUAUACUUGGAAAGUAGAGACAUUUUACGACAAUUGCUGUAAUCCGUACUGAAAUUAUAAACCUGAAGUACUUGUUUGUUUGUUUGCUUGUUUGAACGCACCAAUCUCAGGGACUACUGAUCUUAUUUAAAAUUUAUUUCAGUGUUAGACAGCUCAUUUAUUGAGAAAGUCUUUAGAACAUCACGUUUAGACUAAUACGACUGGAACACUAAUAAAGAAUGUUAAAGUUUUGCUAAAAUCAGUUAUGACAGAAUAGUUCCCCUUUUAUAAAUCUGCACUCACAGUUGGGACAGUUUUUAUACAAAAGGUUCCUUACCCUGUUAUUUCUUCAAGAUUUACCAUAUUUCUGCUUUUUAUUUAAGGUCACAAUUGAAAUGAGAUGAAAGCUAAUGAUUUGCAAUAAAUUCAUGACCUUAAAAAUGGAAUUCAUAAAGUUAUCAAGUCGCACAACCGGAAAUGUGCGAAUUAAAUAUGAAUAAUUCUAUGCAAAGCAUAUGAUGCUGCAAACUGAAACAUUAAUUGCUAUUUGGAUAAUUUAAUUGUUAAUAAAGUAUUUUAUUUUCCUCUUAACACUUCAGUAUCCAUUCAAAAUAUUUCAGCAAAGAAAUUCUUUUUUUUAAAAUAUCAAAAUGAAACCUCUUAUUGGAAAUCUUAAUUUGCUUGAGGUCCUAUUUUGCUAAUGCAACAUCAUAUUGCCUAAGUCUCAUCUCCAAAGUACACCCGUAUUCCCAAAGUAUAGAAGUGAAUAUUCCCCAUAUAAGUCUCAUGCUAUAAAAAUAAUAGAAGCCAAUUCCAAGGGUUCAUAAUUCUGCAUUGCUUCUUUGGAAAUAGCUUUUGCAUGCAAAUAAAAAGAAACGGCCCAAAGACACAACCCAAUGGCAUACAUGAAAAACACACUAUUUAUUAAGUAAGUUUUUGGAGAAAUAUUGCUGUUACUUGAAGGACAUAAGAGCUUUCAUCUGAGUAAUUCCACAUGUUCGUUUUGUUGUCCAAAUCAAACUACGUACGUUAAAAAUUUUAACUUUUUGAAAACAUCCUUCAAAACUUUGACGUUUACUGAUUGGUCUUUGAUUAAAGGUCAUAUUUAUUGUUGUCAUGUUCCAAUAAGGACACUUUUUUCAGUUGAUAUUUUCUGAGGUAAACAUGAGUUCGUAUUUUCAAUUUGAUUGAUGACGUCAUUGUGGGUCAAAAGGGCUUUUUAUCCUAAUGAGGUUUCUCUCCCUUACACGUCCUCCAUUGUUUUGCUUCGUCCUUCUAUCAUCUUGGAUUUCUAUAGACGGGGCGUAAAAAGCCUCUCUUCUUUGUCCUAAAAUUCUUUGACGAUAAAAAUAGAGGUUUCUUUUUCAAAACCUUACGUCGUCAUCAAAAUAACGUAUCUUUUAGGCCAAAAGGCAAAGAAUUGAAUGAAACAAAAAAACUCAAACUGAUGGUACUAAUCUUUUCGAAGCAAAACAACAUUUCAAAAGGGUUCCAUGUGUAUUUUGAAACAAAAACGAAGAAAAAUCAAUUCCAAAUGUGACUUUGAUUUGCCUUUGUUUUUUGUUUUUGUCGAAAACCCACUCAGAAUUCAGAAACUCGCUGCACUCUGAUUGAUUUGAAUGCUUUUGUUCUCGGUAUACAGUGUUUCAAAGGGAGCCAUUCAAAUCACUCCCAAAGAGUGUCAACAAAACAAAACUCAAAUAGUGUGCUUUUUUCAAAAACGAACAAAAAAAGAAAACGUUUUUGAAGUGCUUUUUUAUUUUUUUGUUUUGUAGCAGCUUUUAAGAAUUGAAAGGAUGUUGCAUUUAAGCUGUUGAAUGGGAAAGAAUGCGCUCAACUAUAGGAUGGCAAAUUGAAAUUUUGUUGGGGAUUUUUACGACACAAAAGAAACAAAAACCAGAAUCCAGCACCAUGGUGAAUUUUUUUUGUAUUGUCAUUGAAACAAAAGA